GUGGAUGACUGCCACGGAAUAAUCGGAAUUGACGAAAUUAUUUGCCUGAUUUGUUGUUUUAGUUUCAUUUGUCUCAUCAGUAUAUAUAGGUUGAUUAGUCAUCAUAUGGCUAUGGAUUUGCUACGGAGCAUUUAACGAUAUCUCUAGAGACAGAGUGACGAAGCAUUUUGCGACUAGAGACAGAGUGUUAGGUAGAAUAAAAUAUAUUGAAGGACGGAGUGCAAAAUGGCCGAAAAAGUAAUACUAGGCGUACUUGGUUUAUACAUACUGACGGGAUGUGUCAGUGGAGUAACAAAUAAAGAUAAACACCACGUUUUCUACAACCUCAAUUUAACAAGUACAGUAACCCUGACAACAAUAAAUUACAAUAAUUGUAGCCACCCGGCAGUAAAAUUGAAUUUCCAUCCACAAAAUUCAACAAACCCUGUCGGCGAAUUACUCUACAAUGGACUAAUAAACCCUGACAGGCUUGUAAGAAGAAUUGAUACAACUAAGUACGGAUUUGAAAAUUUUACGAUCGUGCGAAAUGCUACGCACAUGCGCCUUCGCUUCAUUGAAAUGAAUAUAUUGGCAAAUGAACAGGAAUUUUCCGUCGAAGAAAUAUGUGGAGUUGAAAAUUUGAAAAAAGAAUUUAAACAUUUCAUUAAAUUUGAAUUAGUUUCGUCUACUCAAUCGCCGCCAACGACAACUACGUAUUCCAACUCAGUUACGACAUCAAAACCGACCGUUACGACAUCAAAACCGACUGAAAACAAUCGGAAAGAGGAUGGAUUGUCUGCUGGUGCUAUUGCUGGCAUUAUCGUGGCGAGUAUAACAUUCGUCGUCAUUAUUGUCAUUAUCAUAAUUAAAUCGUUCUUCUAAUCGUUCUCUAGUAUAAAUGUCAAAUUCAAUUAAUGCUCAUGUAAAAUUAUGCUCGUAUAAAGUUAAUGUACGUUCAACGAAGUCAACGCAAAUGCACAGGUCAAUGUUGCAUAUGACAAGACUUCCUUUUUUCAAGUUAUCUUUUUUAUGGUUUGGAUGACUUCGACCUUGGCCAAAACGUGCGGGACGAUGUUGGCCGCCGGGGGUGGAACCAUACACAAAAGCUGUGCGUCUUCCCGAAGGCGCAACAAUUAUUUGUGAAAAUAAUUAGAGAUCAACUUUAAUAAGGAU